AUUUUGGGUUUGACAUCGUUUCUUUCUUUUUUUUAUCAGCAACCUCCACUAAGGGUUUGAAACCUUGAAUUCGUGGUGGCUUUUGGAGCGGAGCGGAAGAAGAUGGCCGCAUCGAAUUACGAAUACCCAAGGCUCCAGCGGCCGGAAAUAGUCGCAAUCUUAGCGCAGUUUCAGAUUGCCAAUGUGACGGAACAGGAACUCGCCAAACCCAACCCUGACUUGGUCUCCGAGCUCUACACCCGCGUCCUGUUCCACCUCGGCAUUCUCCUCGAAGAAGACAACGAGCAACUCGACUUUGACGCCCUAGAGCAUCUUGAAAAUCCUGAUUUCCACGUUGAAUCCGUUCGCGCCGUCAUACUCUUCAACAGGAUAAAGGAGGUUCUCGCAGACAUCGAAUGCCCUGGCAAAUUCACCUUCGCCGAUCUCCUUGCGCCGGAUUCUCACCGGACCGACAUCUUCCUCGGCGCUCUUCUCAAUUUCUUCCUCUACAGGGACACGAAAAUGAACACAGUGUCUGAGAGCGUGAACGAAUUUAACGCUCUGGAGUUGCAGCAUGAGGAGUUGGAGAGCAAGAUGCUGCAUUUGAAAGGGGAGAUUGCGGAAUGCAAUGAGGCGAGGGAGAGAGAAAUGCCUCUUGUUCAGGAGGAGUCGGCGAAAGUUAACGAGCUGAAGCAAUCGAUUGAGGCGCUGAACAAGCACCAGAGUUCGUUGAGGAGUACUUUGAAGAAGUUGAAAGAUAGGACUGCGGAAAUGGAUCAGAAGAUUUCUAAUGCUGAAUUUACAUUGGUACAAAACGUUCAAGAAAAUGCAAAUCUACGUUCAAAAAUUGCCCAGUCACCUGAUAAAGUACAGAGAGCUUUAGAGGAAAAAAAAUUAGCUCGAGAGGAGGCAAGGAACGCCAAAAGUUUAGCAAGGCAAGCUUUUCACGAGAAGACUGCCCUCGUUGAAGUUUUUUCCAAGGUGUACAAGAAAAUGUCAAAACACUACAAGCUGAUGCAGGAUAUACAAGAACAGGUAAACAUACUCUGGUCAGUUGACUUCUGCCCUGGCAUUUGUCAUAAUGAUUGAAAAUCUACUGGGGAAGA